AUAUCACGAAGCUUGUGCAGAAUAACAGCCAAUUAAAAACGGGCACACCAAAAUGGCAGAUUUACCUCCGCUCCCUUUCGUAAUAGUUUCCCCCCGCAACGAUAUGCUCCGUCCCUAUAUUUCUAUGUAUGAUUCUUGCACCUAGUACGACUACCAUAGACAUAGUAAAAAUAGACUGCGUGUGAAGGCCAAAACUUGAAGAUCAAGUAGAAAGAGACGGACAAUAGGUGCCGAGUAUCUUUCUUUCUCACACAAGGAAAGGAGUGGGGAAAGAGUGGGGAGCGAAAAAGAGUAGUAAAACAGCUGUAUGCGGUUGAAAAGAGGUGCGUAGUCGGUUCCCAGUUUAUUUGCUGCACGAUUUAGAAGAUGCUCUGUUUUAUAAAUUAAUCGAAUCCGUCGACGCACCAUAGCAUAUACAUAUUCACGGAGAAAACAAGGAAUAAAAUAAUUUAAAAAAUGGUUACUACGUGCUAUAUUUGUGGUGUGGAAGAAAACCCUCUUUAUCCACAAUCAUUUCAUAAAAUCCCAAAAAAUGAAGAAAUGCGAAAAAAAUGGUUUCACGUUAUUGGCCGUGAUGUAUUUUACAAAGGAGCAAAAAUAUGCAGUGACCACUUUACAAAAAAUGACUAUCAUGAAAUGAAUGAAUAUAAACAAAAUAAAAUAUUGAGAAAGACUGCAGUUCCAUUAAUUUUCGCGGAAGAAAAUUAUAAACAUGUGGAGGAGGAUACAGAUACCAAUUUAAGCACAGAUAUAAAUAUAAAUACAGCAGAAAAUAAUGGCAUAGACAAUGAAAGAAAUAGUGAAAAUACGAGUAAGAAUUCCAUUACGGGCACAGAUGCAGAUAUACAUACACAUGUAGCAGAAGAUGUUAAUAACAUAAACAUCCAUAGCAACCACAGUAAUAAUCACAUUAGAAAAAGGAAAUUGUCGCAAGAGAAUUUUAGAAACUCAAAAAUUAAAAAAAUAUUUGUAAACACUUCUAAACAUGCUACAAAAAGCUUCCGUAAAACAGAUUUUGUGUCUGAUGCAAAAUGGGAGCAGUUUGUAAGAUAUGUGUCAUAUAUUCGAAAUGAAACAAAAAAUAUGUGGCAAAAGAAACACCGUAUGCAGAAGAAAGUUUUAACUUAUAAAGAUUUGCUUCAGGACCUGAAAAGUAAAAACUUUAUAACAAAUAAUGGUAUACAUGCAAUCAAAGUAAGUUGAGUUUAGCUAUUUUCCAUUCGCAGAAAGAUUUGAAAUUCACAUUGUCCACAAUGUUUAUUCUUUUAUAAGAAAGUUCAUGAUAACUCUCCAAUCACAAUGUGACUUCAUCAUAAUAUUGACUCUUAUAGAAAGGUCCAUGAUAAUGAAGCAAAUGGUAGAACAAUACUUGAUUUCUACAUCAUGUUAAAAAUAUGGUAUAACAAAUGUUGUGCGUAUACAUAUACCCUCUCAAUCUACAAAUCUACAAAUGCACUAAUGAUGUUAUAUCUUCGUUCUAAAUAAGUUAUUAUGUAUAUGUCUAUGCGUACAACCAUUUGUCUCCUUGAUUUCUUCUGUUUUUAUAUCUAUAUUUUGUACUUCCUUUUUCUUUAUUUAGGAUAUAUUGUCACCUAUUAUGCAACAGUUGCUACUUACAAUGUUAAAUAAGAAGCGAAAGAAGUCGUUCCCCGAAAGUUUAAAAAGUUUUGCAUGCACGUUACAUUUUCAUUCGCCUGCAGCAUAUUUGUAUGUAAGAAAAAUGUUUUUAAAAAGUUUAUCUCACCCCAGUACACUGCGCAUGUGGACGCAGACAAUUCGUAGUAAUUCCGGUAUAUCUGAACAAUCGUUUAAAACUAUACUCGAUAAGGUGCAAAAUGCUAGAGAGAAAGGAAAAAACUUAGUUUUCAAUAUAACUUUUGAUGAAAUGAAUAUUAAGAAAAAAGUUGAUUGGGACGGCAAAGAAUUACACGGUUUUAUUGAAUUGGGUAUUAAAGAUAGUAAGUCUGACAGUCUGCCACUUGCUACCCAUAUCCUUCUUUUUAUGUUAGUGUGCAUAAAUGAUCAUUUUAAAAUCCCAAUUGCAUUUUACGUUAUCGAGGCAUUAAAUGGUAAGGAAAAAGCAAAUUUAUUAAAUAACAUCUUAAGUAUUCUCCAUGAAAAAGCAAUUUACGUUAUUAGUAUUACAUUUGAUGGAGCAACUUCUAAUAUUGCAAUGUGCGAGAUACUAGGCGCACAGUUAAAACACGUCAAUUUUGAACAUAUUGUUCCGUAUUUUAAGCAUUCUAUUGACAAAUCUAAAAAUAUUUAUAUUUUUUAUGAUGCAUGUCACAUGUUGAAGCUUGUGAGGAAUGCAAUUAGUAAAGGGGUUAUUAAAGAUAAAGACAAAAAUGUAAUAAGUUGGAACUUUCUGAAAGAAUUAGUAAAUGUGCAAACUGUGGAAAAAUUACAUGUUGUUGCCAAUAAAAUGCGAAAAAGACAUAUACAGUUUUUAAUGAAAAGAUGAAAGUUAAUCUAGCAGCACAAACAUUAAGUAAUUCUGUGGCUGAUGCAUUGACGUUUUUAGAAUAUGAAUUAAAAGAACCAAGAUUUAUAGGAGCUUCAACUACUGCAACAUUUUAUAAAACUUUCAAUGACAUAUUUGAUAUCUUAAAUUCACGUAACAUAUACAAUAAAACUGAAAAUAAACAUGCAAUAACAAGAAA